CCCCGAGUCGAUAGUUUCGAAUUUCGAUGUCCUAAAAUUUCGUGAACCGCAAUCCAGUUGCCUUGGUCAGCUCAUAGCUUCCGGCAACCAUGCUUCGAUUCUCCAAAUUCUUGCCACAAUUCUAAUUCUUUAAGCUCCCAGUAGGGGUAGACUUAGCAGACCCCCAAAAUUCUUCUUCUAAUGGGUCUUCCUGAAGUCGUUGAUGUUGCCCGCAAUUAUGCCGUCAUGGUCAGAAUUCAAGGCCCGGACCCAAAAGGCCUGAAGAUGCGAAAACAUGCUUUUCACCUUUACAAUUCUGGGAAGACGACACUAUCAGCAUCUGGGAUGCUUUUGCCCAGUUCCUUUGUUAAUGGUUCGGUGUCUGAGCAGAUUCAGGGUGAAAGCAAGUUGCAGUCUAUUGGAGGUCACGUCUUGGUUUUAACUGUGGCAUCUGUUAUUGAGCCAUUUGUCGUACAACAGGAUAGAAGUGACAUAUCAAAGGAUAAGCCCAAGCUGAUUCCUGGUGCUCAAAUUGAUAUACUGCGGGAGGGAGAAAUAAAACUGCAGAAUGAUCUCAAAGAGUCUAGCAAGGAGGGUUUGAACUGGCUACCUGCUGAACUCCUAAGAGUGGUUGACAUCCCCGUGUCAUCUGCUGCUGUCCAGUCCCUAAUUGAAGGUUCUUCUAGUUCAAUUGAACAUGGAUGGGAGGUUGGUUGGUCCCUAGCUGCCUAUGGAAAUGCUCAUCAAUCAUUUACUAACACUAAGCGCAGACAGGUUGAGCAAAUUUCCUUCCCAAGUCAAACUCCAAUGGUGGAGGUGCAGUCCAGCCUUCCAAGUGUGAUAGGAACAUCAACUACAAGAAUUGCUCUUCUCAGAGUUCCUUCAAAUCCAUAUGAGGACCUGCCUCCAUUAAAAGUCUCUCCCUGGAGUAGGAGAGGUGAUCUUCUUCUGGCUAUGGGUUCUCCUUUUGGCAUCCUGUCUCCCAGCCACUUUUCCAAUAGCAUAUCGGUUGGAUCCAUCGCAAACAGCUACCCGCCUAGUCCUCUGAAUAAAGCACUGCUGAUUGCUGACAUCCGUUGUCUCCCUGGAAUGGAAGGUAGCCCAGUGUUAGGGGAACAUGCAGAGCUGAUUGGUGUUCUGUCUCGGCCACUUAGACAAAAGGCUACUGCUGCUGAAAUUCAGAUGGUGAUUCCGUGGGAAGCUAUUACAUCUGCUUGUGGUAGCCUGCUUCAAGAAGAGCAACAAACUGGUAGAAAGAUCCAUUUUAAUAAUGGAAACUUAAUCAGUGUUGAAAAGAAAUCACACUCCAAUAAUAUUCGGGAUGGACCCACCAAUGAUUCUCAAGAGCAUCUACUAACAGGUCCUGUUCCCCCAUCCUUGAUUGAGAAGGCAAUGACAUCUAUCUGUCUUAUCACUGUUGAUGAUGGAGCAUGGGCUUCUGGAGUUUUGCUCAACAAGAAGGGUCUGCUUCUUACAAACGCUCAUCUUCUAGAGCCGUGGAGAUUUGGGAAAACAUCUGCAAAUGGUUCUGGAUAUAACACUAAAUCUGAUGUAGUUUUCACCACGUCUAAUCAAUCUGAACAUCCAGGGGAUGAGAAAUUUACCGUUCACCGUAGGAAUAAAUAUUUGCUUCAAAAGGAACUAAAAACUCCACAGUUCCUUGUUAACAAUGAGCAAGGUAGCUUUAGAGUUAACUUGGCAAACACCAGCAGUAGGACCAUUCGUGUUCGCUUGGAUUUUAUGGAUCCUUGGGUAUGGACAAAUGCAGAGGUAGUUCAUGUAUCCAGAGGACCUCUGGAUGUUGCACUACUACAACUACAGCUAGUUCCAGAUGAGCUCUGUCCCAUUACUGUGGACUUCAUGCGCCCGUUACCUGGAUCAAAAGCAUACAUUCUUGGACAUGGGCUAUUUGGACCACGAUGUGACUUCCUUCCAUCUGCCUGUGUGGGUGCAAUAGCUAAAGUAGUUGAAGCGAAGAUGCCUCAGCUUGAUCAAUCAUGUUUAGGAGGACAUUUUCCGGCAAUGCUUGAAACAACAGCAGCUGUACACCCUGGUGGUAGCGGUGGGGCUGUUGUUAAUUCAGAAGGACACAUGAUUGCCCUUGUAACAAGUAAUGCUAGACAUGGUGGAGGGACAGUCAUUCCACAUUUGAACUUCAGCAUUCCAUGUGCAGCUUUAAAGCCCAUCUUCAAGUUUGCUGAAGACAUGCAGGAUCUGUCACCCUUAGAAUAUCUUGACAAACCAGAUGAACAGCUUUCUUCUGUGUGGGCAUUAACUCCACCUUUAUCUUCUAAGCAAAGCCCCUCUCUUCUUCAUCUACCAAUGCUUCCUCGAGGAGAUAGUAACAAUGAUGCAAAGGGCUCUAAGUUUGCUAAGUUUAUAGCUGACCAGGAGGUCAUGCUAAAGAGUGCAACUCAACUUGGCAAGGUUGAAGGUCUUUCAAAUAAACUUGUGCAAAGUAAGUUAUGACAGUGUCCCAUUAGUCUCACAAGCAAGUCAGACAUAGCAACAAGGUGUGACAUUGUUGAUGCCUCAACGACCAUGACAACAAAGAUACACCAAAGACUGGAGCCAUAUGUAUAUCAGAGAAGCAUCAUCCAAAGUUGGUAUUGUAUACCGUGAUUCUUUGUUGUUACAAAUGUUUGUCGCCUGAAUGUGGAACCAGGGGUGAAGAGGUAAAGACAUGAGCUUGUGAUGAAUAAUUGAAAUAGAUUAUAGCCAGACUUGUAUAAUAAACAUCGAUUGCGCUAUGAUGUUUGAUGAUUUAUUCUUUCUUUUUUUGGGUACAAAUUUUGGUGGAGAGGUGUUCUUGCGUUUGGUUAUGAGAUAGUUUAUACUACUUUGUUGCUA